AUGGCUUCCUCACAUGGAGAAACUAAUCAUGUUUUGAUGGAAGAUAAAUCAUCUGCGAGAAUCAUCACGCUCAAUAGACCUAAGCAGCUCAAUGCGCUUUCAGCUGCAAUGGUGUCCCGUAUAUUGGAGAUUUUUCAUGCUUCUGCAGAGGACCCUUCUGUCAAACUAAUAAUUUUAAAGGGUAAAGGAAGAGCAUUUUGUGCUGGAGCUGAUGUUGCAGAGAUUGUUCGUCAUAUUAAUGAAGGUAACUGGAGAUUAGGUGCAAAUUUGUCGAGAGAGGAACUUACGAUGAACUAUGUGAUGGCUACAUACAGCAAACCCCAGGUUUCAAUUCUUAAUGGGAUUGUGAUGGGAGGAGGAGUCGGUGCUUCUAUACAUGGAAGAUUUCGUGUUGCUACAGAGAAUACGAUUUUUGCCAUGCCUGAAACAGCACUGGGACUUUUCCCUGACGUAGGGGCUUCCUACUUUUUAUCUAGACUCCCCGGAUUUUUCG